AAAAAAAAAUCGUUAUUCAUCAGUCCCGGGUAAAUAGCGGACAUCAUACGAUGGAGGCAUGGUUUACUACACGACAGUUCAUAUUUUUUCUCAAAUUCUGGAAACGGUGGGUUUAACCUUGUUUCCUCGGAUGUCGGUCUUCCAUGUUCAACACCUGAAAUAGCUGGUCUCGGAGAGCUUGUCAAGGCCUAUAAUCUCCAUUGGCGAUGAAGCACAGGACGAGAAAUUGAGGGAAGAGUUACAAGAAACAAUACCUAAGGAUGAGCCACUGCAAGCUAUACCGCCUCGCCAACCGGCCACAGACAAACAGAAACUGAGCACACAAAUAUCCGAUCAUGAACGCAAGUUGGCAAUCCCGCAACCACCAAAAGAGCGGCUUGAACUCGCCACUACAACCAAUUUGGUGACGCUUCCGAACCUGCACAGAUAAGUCUUCUGCACCACCACGAAUGACAAAGAUUCACCCACACACUAGGAUGUGAGAUACACCUUAGUGUAUUUGGAAUAUAAGAUCCACUAGUAUAAUUGAUACGAUUUAAAUCUGCACUAAAUCUUAUUGGUUCGGAUCUUCGGUUCUAUGAAUGUAUCCGCGGCUAAGUGGGGUAUAAACAAUGAAUGUGGAAAUCGUCUUUAUCAAUCUUUUUUGGUUGAAUGUUUGAGAUGUACAUGUAUUCUUGUGGCUUUAAAGCCUUACAUUAACGGAUUAUGGGAUUGAAGCCUUGCAUUAAUUGGAUUAUUUUGGCAGGGUAUCAAUAUCUUUUACUCCCUCUGUUCCUGAAAGUAGGAUUUUCUAGAUUUAUUUUUUGUUCCAAAAUGAUAGAUUUUCUAAAAUUUUAAAGUACUUUUAGUAGUAAAUGUUGAAAAGUUGUAUACUUUUAAGAAACAUUAAUUGAAAAUUUUGAAUUGGUUGAAUACUAUUGGUUGAUAUUUAUUGAAAAAUGUAUAGUAAAAUAAAUAAUAAGUUUAAUUGUAAAAACUUAAUUGUUUUCUUAAUAUGCGUGAAUACUCUAGAAAAUCUUUCUUUCGGAAACAAAGGGAAUAGUGGAUUGUGCUUAACGUAUUUGUAUAGAAGUUUGUGCACUAAACUACUGUAUUAAAGCAAAUUAACAAUAUUUUUUUGAAGCUGGAAGAUAAAUUGUAAGGUUGUUUCUCAAAAUAAUACAAACUGUUGUUUCUAAGAAUAAAUAAAAAACUAAAGUAAACUGUAAGGUUUUAUUAAUUUGAUUAUAUAGUUGAUUGGUGAGCCUUUAAUUACGACUGCUCCUUUGUGCAAAUGUUUAGUUGGUUCACGUUUCGUUUCUAUUUUUUCUGAGGCCUUAAACUAUUUAUUUUCAUUAGUCAAAGAAAAAUUCGUUUACCAACAAAAAGAUUCAACCCCCCCCCCCCCCUCUUAUAUAUAGUGCCUACUUUUUUUUUCAUUUUCUUAAUUCCCAUUGAAACAUUUGUAUAUUUGUCUCUCUUGAAAUGAAACUCUCUCUGCGUUUGGUCUCAACCAUUCUCCUCUCGUUCAUGCUACUCCUUGCCGCAGGAAUGAUUCCAGUGGAAGCCAGAACGUGUGAGUCACCAAGUACCAAGUUUCAAGGAGUGUGUCUCAAUGCAAAGAACUGUGCCGGUGUUUGCACUGGCGAAGGAUUCACAGGAGGUCAAUGCAGUAGUCUUAAGUGCUACUGCACCAAAACCUGCUAGAUUUAUAAAAUGUCACGAAAAUGUAAAAAUCUUUUUUUUUGUGUGUAAAAAUCAUUUUUUUUUGGUCUUUAAUCAUACUAUUGAUACAAAAUUAGAUAUCGUAUGCUUGAAUAUCAACGUACACUUAGUAACUUAUAUCAAACCAGAAAAAUGAUUCUAUAAUAUAUAUACUUAUUUAUGCUUGCAUAUAUGUUCUCUUUUAUAAAAAAAAAAAGAGAGUUAGAUUACAUACGUAUUUGUGUCGCAAAUUUUCAGAUAUUGAUUAAAAUCUUAUUAUUUGAUUCUUAAAUUAUGUUGAUUUAUAAAAUCAAGGAAUAAUUACCUUUUGAAGAAUUUUAUAUUUGAUACAAAGAUUUAGGUCUAUAACCAGUCAAUAUAAGUCUUAUAUCUGGAUAUUUUAAAUUAUUGAUUAUUUAAGCUCUCAUUAUUCAUAACCAAAAUAAACUAGGGUAAUUAAGGCGGUGAACAUUGUUCAAAAUUUUACUUAUUUUACUAACACAUGAUGAAGAAGUAAAGCUUUCGUGGCAGCUAUUAUAAGCAAUACAACAAAAAGUAUCCAACUAAUAGUAAUAUUCUCUAAAAGUUUCCUUAGUCCAAGUAAAUAUGAAGACAAUGAGUUAUUCUUCUCUAUCGUUCUUACAUACACAUUGAGUCCUUGCGUAUAUAUAAUGCCACCCUCUUCUAAGUUCCCCCAUUAGCUUCUUAUACAACACUUACUUUCAACUAUUCUUUCUCUCUUCCCCCGAAAAAUGAAGCUCUGCGAUAUGAUAUUUCGCGAUAUAUCGUGAAUUAGGGAAACAGUUUGUUGUAAUUUUUGUUCUCUCUCUACUAUCUUCUCAUCUAUUAUCUAUACAUCAAUUAGUGGCAUGUUAGUAAGGAUUCUGGUCUGUGUUUUUAGUUAAUCUUUCGGAUGAUCCAUGUGACAAGUGACAACCAAAAAAAAAUUCGAGUUCUCCAUCUAGCAUGAACCAAAAAAAUUAACAUAUUAUGUCGAGAUUAUAUCGUACGUUAAUUAGGGAAAAGCUUUGUUAAUUUUUGUUCUCUUAAUCUCUACUAUUUCUCUUUUCAACAUAAUUAAUGGAUUUUUAGUAAGCAAUCAAGUCUGUGUAUUUUUUGGCUUGCCCAUUUGACAACGAAAAAAAAAUCGGAUUCUCCGUCUAAUAAUACGCUCAAAAGAUAAUUAUGUAUAUAUGUGCACUGUGACUAAAGAAUUGUUAUCAUCACCGCGUAAAAAAGAAGGCAAACAAGUUAAGGCACAGUAAACUAUUUCGUAACUGUAAAGUUUACCCAUUGGUGCUGCCUGCUGGUGAAUUUUUUUUGUCAAAAACUUACCAAUUUUAGUAUGGGUGAUUUUGCUGUAUAACCAUAUUAAGAAAAAAACAAAGAAUAUAGCCAUGUGUUGAGAAAUGUGUCAAUUUACCACAUUAUUGGACAUUAUAAUCUUUUACGAGUGCGUGAAUGUGUGUAUAUCAAACGUUACAACCAAAUACUAUUUAUUUAUGUUGUCAAUAUAUAAUGGAUUAUUUCAAACAUAAAUGUAACAAUAGAGAAUAAUAUAAUUUCUUUAGUACUAUUUAUUUAUAGGGUUCAAUGCAAUUUAAUCAGUAGACAAUAUGAACAAGCAUAUUUAUUCGUAGGACAAGUGUUUAAUGUAAAAUAAAUUAUGUGAAAUAACAUAAUUAGCUGAUAUAUUACAAAAUAAACAUAUAUCAUUCUAUAUUUGAUGACCAUAUAGUAUAGCAUGUGAAAAUAUAUAUAUGAAAAAAAAUAUUGAGAGUAAGGGGAGAGGAAGAAAAGCGAAGACGGAAAUGAUAAAAAAUGAAAAGAGAUUUUACAGAAGAAGCUGGAAAAAAGUAUAAUGUCUAAUAAAUAGAAGAGUAUAAAGAACAUGAUGAGAUGAUGAAAAAAAAGAGGAAAGGAGUACAAAGAGGAAAAUGGAGAGAGAGAGAGAGAGAGAAGUAAGAGGAGAGAAGAGGCGGGGGAGGGGUAGGAGUGAAGAGAGAGAGAAUUUGGGAGGAGAAAAAGAGGAGAAAGAAAAAGUGCAAUUUUUAUUUUAUAAAU